AUGGUGGACACUGUUAAAGAAAAACUGACAGCUCUUAUGCUUGAAUAUCCAAAACCAUCUGGUAUCAUUUUGGGUUACGGUACAGCAGGUUUUCGAGCUCGAGCUGAUAUACUUCCAUGGAUAAUGAUUCGAAUUGGUCUUCUAGCAUCUCUUCGGUCUAAAGUAAAACAAGCUUGUAUUGGUGUUAUGAUUACAGCUUCACAUAAUCCUGAACAUGACAAUGGUGCUAAAUUAAUUGAUCCAUAUGGUGAAAUGCUUGAUCAAUCAUGGGAAGUUUAUGCAAAUAAUUUAUCAUCACUUGAUGAUAAUAUUCGUGUUUUAUGGGACUAUUUGGAAAAAUUAAUGACGCAAUUGAAUGUGCAAUUAAAUGAUAAAGCUACUGUUGCUAUUGCAUAUGAUACACGACAAAGUAGUCCACUUUUAUCAAAUAUUGUCCAACGUGCAGCUGAAAUUUUAAGUGCAAAUAUAAUGAAUUUUGAACUAAUGACUACACCACAACUUCAUUAUACUGUUCGCUGUUAUAAUGAUAAUGAACUUUAUGGGCGUUAUACUGAAGUCGGUUAUUUUGAUAAAAUUUGUACAGCAUUUAGAAAAUUAAUUGAAAUGACAUCCGGUGCUAAAUGUUCUGAACAACUUGCUAUUGAUGCUGCUAAUGGUAUAGGUGCUCAAAAACUUGUUUAUUUAAAUCAAAGAUUAUCAGAUUUACUUAAAAUUGAAAUAUUUAAUGAUGGUACUAAAGGUCAUUUAAAUGAAAAAUGUGGGGCUGAUUAUGUUAAAUUAUAUCAAAAAGCACCUGAUGGUUUACCUUUAACAAAUUAUCCAAAAUAUUGCUCAAUUGACGGUGAUGCUGAUCGUUUGAUUUACUAUUUUAUUGAUGAAAAUCAAUAUUUUCAUAUGCUUGAUGGUGAUCGUUUUUCAGUUUUAUUUGCAUCAUUUAUUUCUAAUAAAUUGAAAGAAGCUAAAUUAAUGGAUCAAGUUAAGAUGGGAGUUAUUCAAACAGCUUAUGCUAAUGGAAGUUCAACGAAUUAUAUUGUUAAUACAAUGAAAGUUCCUGUUGCAUGUGUACCAACUGGUGUUAAACAUUUACAUCAUAAAGCACUUGAUUAUGAUAUUGGUAUUUAUUUUGAAGCAAAUGGACAUGGAACAAAUAAAGUAAAAGCAGCAUUAGAAGAUCAAAGUCGAACAGAUGAAGAACGAUUAGCUGCAAAUCAACUUCAUGUAUUUAUUGAUAUAAUUAAUGAGACAGUUGGUGAUGCUCUAGCUGAUUUAUUAGCAACGGAAGCUAUUCUUUGUUUAAUGAAUUUAUCUAUAGAAGGAUGGUUACAUUUAUAUAAUGAUUUACCACAACGACAAUUAAAAGUAGCAAUUAAAGAUCGAACAAUGAUUCAAACAACAGAUGCUGAACGACGUUGUACUGCUCCUGCUCAUUUACAAGAUUGUAUUGAUGAACUUGUCUCGAAAUAUCCAUCAGGUCGUUCAUUUGUUCGACCAUCAGGUACAGAAGAUAUUGUACGUGUUUAUGCUGAAGCAGCCACACAAGUUGAUGCCGAUAAACUUGCUGAUGAUGUACGAAAAAUAGUCGAAGAACUAACGAAAUGA